CUUAAAAAUAGUCUGAACAAGAGCACCCCAUUUAUCCUAAUUUAAAGAUUUAAUUAAAGAAGUUUCAUAGAUGAACAUCGAUCUUAUAUUUCCCAUAUUUCAAACAAGGAAAAGCGUUGGAUAUAACACAUGUACGUGACCAAACCGUAUAGACAACGAGAAGGAGACUCGCUUGAAAAGCCGACGGGCUAACAAUUGUAUACGAACAAGCAUAAUAGAGUUUACCAGUCAAAAAGAAAAGUAAAACGUGGCCAUCGGUGCCUUGCUAAGUCAACUGCAACCAUCAUGUCGAGACUUCAACUUCAGUUCAAAUUGGCUGCUGCCAGAAUGGAAAUUUUGAGGAAAAAAGAAGAGGCUCUUGCAAAACAAGCAAGGAGAACUGUAGCAUAUGGCUUAAAAACAUAUUCACCAACUUUAGCUCGAGCUCGAGUAGAACCCUUAAUUACGCAGGAUGUAUACAUGGAACUGCUUGAGCUUUUACAAGUGGAUGCAGAGAUUCUUGCCAAUCGCACUUCUAUUUUGGAAAAACGAGGAUUUAAUGCUGAAGCUCCUUGGAAAUCAUCUUUGUAUCACGUCCUUGCUGCAGCUCCUCAGCUACCCAUUAAAGAACUUAAAUCUGUACAUGAUUUCUUGGUGAGACUCUAUGGCAAAGAAUUUACCCAAUUAACGGAUCCUGACUUAUCCAAAAAUGAUGAGCAGUUUUACAAGCUUUUAUACCCUCCUAUUCCAUCUGAGGAGUUGGUUAAUGGCUAUAUAGAAGAACUACGACGAACUUAUUUUCCUGAAGAGUAUCAGAAGGAAGAGAUUCCUUCUUCAAAAGAAGCAGAGGAACUAUUGCCAUUAGCGUCUUCAUCUCAAGAUAUGUCAGCACCUUCAUCAACCCAAGACGAGGUAUCGAAGGCAGGGGAUCUCCGUCAAUCUACCUCAUCUGCUACUAACGGUCCUUCUAACGGGACUUCUACCUCUCCUUUAACCUCAAAACCUGAUCCCAAAACUCACGUUCCGCCUGUCGCUAAAAGCGCUUUACAUCCGCCCGAUAAGCCACCAAGCUUUGAAGAACUAGCGGCUCGUUUAGACAAUUUAAAACGUAGUUAG